AUGUCUGAAGAAAGUCCGGUAGUGAAGCUAUCGUUGCCGCUGCAAUAUCAGCAGGACUUAUUCUCAGAGCUCAGGUCUGAAGAUGAGCUGGUUAUUCUCGCAAGAGGACUUGGCCUGUUACGUAUUGUAACGAAUCUCCUACACUCUUAUGAUGCUACCGGCAACAACUUAGUCAUCGUGGUUGGCGCUGACCGUCGGGAAAAUGAGUGGAUUGGAGAAGCGCUGGCGGAGCAUUAUGCCGUGAGCAGAACUCCAUUAGUUCGUGGCCUGAAAGUAAUCAAUACUGACCAGGCCACCGUUCCCAUGAGGCAAACAAUGUACACCCAAGGGGGUAUCCUGAGUGUGACAUCUCGGAUAUUGGUUGUCGAUCUGCUGUCAAAACUUCUGGACCCUGAGAGUAUUACCGGGCUAAUUGUUCUCCAUGCUGAAAAAAUCGUGGCUACAUCUCAAGAGGCAUUCAUUAUCCGAAUAUAUCGGCAGUUCAAUAAAGUUGGCUUUCUUAAAGCGUUCUCGGACUCUCCCGAACCUUUCACUAUUGGUUUCAAUCCUUUAGCCAAUAUGAUGCGGAAUCUAUUUCUUCGGAAAACCUCCCUUUGGCCGAGAUUCCAGGUUACAGUAGCAGAAUCCCUAGAAGGUCGUAAGAAAGCAGAGGUCAUCGAGCUAGAAGUCCCCAUGACAGAUAAAAUGAGAGAUAUCCAAAACGCCGUUCUAGAAUGUGUUGAAGCCAAUAUUCGAGAGCUUAAAAAGGCAAAUUCUGGACUGGACAUCGAAGACUGGACAGUGGACAGCGCAUUGCAUCAAAAUUUUGAUGUCGCUAUUCGACGCCAAUUGGAUCCCGUGUGGCACCGAGUCAGCUUUAGGACAAAGCAAAUAGCUAGUGAUUUAACCGUCCUUCGAUCGAUGCUUCUGUCAUUACUAACAUACGAUUCUGUCUCUUUUAAUAAAUACCUCGACGUCAUAAUAGCUGCACACUCGCCACCUCCUGGAUCAAAUAAGCAGAAUUUCUCCCCCUGGCUUUUUCUUGAUGCAGCUCAUGUUAUAUUUAAAACUGCCAAGUCAAGAGUUUAUCGCGGGAAAAAUGACCCCUGCGAGCAACUGUCCGACACAUCUUCUUUACCACCAUCGCUAGAGCCAGUACUAGAGGAGCAACCGAAAUGGUCGGUUCUGGCGGACGUGCUAGAUGAAAUCGAGCGCAGCACUUACCUUAAUCCUGUUCCCCCAGGAGACUCCAAUGGGACUAUUCUGAUCAUGUGCAGUGACGGCAAAACAUGCCGCCAAAUUAGAGAAUAUCUUGAGACAAUGCGUAUUAAAGUCAAAUCAUCUAAAGAUGCCACGGAGACUGAAAUUGAGUCAGACGACAGCCCUUCUGGGGAGUUUAUGCUUCGUAGGAAUCUCAUACAUUAUCUAAAUUGGAAACGUAACUCUACCAGAGUUAACAGCAAUCUCUUCACUACGAAGUCAAGGCAAGAGCCAGGCACAGUUGCAGGGUACAAUUCACUGAGCUCCUCAACGAAUUAUCACGGAAGGGUACCCCCAAAUAAGAGAAGACGUCUUCGCGGUGGUGCCUCGGGGCUCACACCAGCAAGAGGUGCAAGCAGCAGCGUGCAGCCAGAUACGGAGGUUCCAACGCAGGUAUCGACAUUGUUGGAAGAAAUUCAGCUCGAAGAACCAGAAGACGGUGCUAUUGAGGCUGAACUGGUGGUCGAUGAUCUGUCAGACAUGGAAGAUUACUAUGGUCUUUAUGACAUGAAUGAUCUUUUAAUGAUAUGUCCAUAUGAUGGAGAUAUGGAUGACCAUGUGCUCGAAGAAGUCAAACCACGGUACAUCAUUAUGUACGAGCCAGACGCUGCAUUUAUCCGCAGAGUAGAGGUCUAUCGGAGUUCUCACACAAACCGGGAAGUCAGGGUUUUCUUUUUAUAUUACAGCGGCUCAGUCGAAGAACAGCGAUAUCUAAGUGCUGUUCGGAGGGAAAAAGACGCAUUCACUAAACUAAUCAAGGAAAAGGGGUCCAUGGCCCUUACGAUCACCCACGAUAAAAGCGCUGAAGAUCCUCAAGAACAAUUCCUCCGAACAGUGAACACCCGCAUUGCAGGUGGAGGCCGAUUGGCCGCAACAGCCGCACCACCCACCGUCGUCGUAGACGUGCGUGAAUUCCGCAGCGCUCUCCCAUCGCUCCUACACGGGCGCAGCAUGGUCGUGGUCCCGUGCCAACUAACAGUGGGGGACUACAUCCUUACCCCAGACAUAUGCGUUGAGCGAAAAUCGAUCCGAGAUCUACAGUCUUCCCUUAAAAACGGGCGAUUAUACAACCAAGCAGAGACGAUGUUACAACAUUACAAGAACCCCGUCCUGCUAAUCGAAUUCGACCAGAAUAAAUCCUUCACCUUCGACGCGUUCACAUCUGCCACGAACACACCAGGCUCAGAGAGCUUCUCUACCAACCUUAUAAACCCAACAAACCCCAAAUCCAUCCAACUCCUGCUCACCCUGCUAACUCUAUCCUUCCAACGUCUGAAAAUCAUCUGGUCCUCCUCCCCCUACCAAACCGCCGAGAUAUUCGCAGAGCUAAAAAAGAACAACCCGGAGCCAGAUCCCAUCCGCGCCGUGCAGAUGGGUCUAGACUUUGAAAUCACAUCUACCGCAGGCGCCGAUAAAAUCAUGUCAGCUGCGGGAGUUGAGCAUCGAACCUUCAACCAGCUGCCGCAUGACAUGUUACGGGCGGUUCCAGGGGUGACGCCGAAGAUAGCGGAGCGGUUGGUUCUAGAGACGGAUAAUUUACAGCAGAUUGCGAAUAUGGAGAUGGAGGAGUUGGAGCCAUUGGUUGGGAAGGAGGUUGGGAGGCAGAUUUUGAGGUUUUUUCGGAGGAAUGUUUUCGAUGAGGAGAGGGCUGAUUAA